AUGGUUCUUCUACGGAAUGCCAUGAAAGUAGCAGCAUGCGUCUCAGGUUGUGCCGUUGCUGCCAAAUUUUGGGAUGACGGAACUUUUUGGAAGGCGUAUGCUGCCACUGCCACCGCUCAAGCAAAAACCUUUGACGAGCAUUUCCCUCGAGGAACAUGGGACGACAACUGGGACUACCGGUCUCCUUCGUUUCUGCUAAAUGCAAAGAAAUACGCAGAGGCAAAUGAAGCCGAGAAGAAGAAAAUGGAUGAGGAGGUAAAAGCAAAAGCCACCAGGAACAUAUUUCUGAUACGUCAUGGUCAAUAUUUCAUGGACUCCGAAAAGAAGAAUCUUACUCCAUUGGGGAAAGAACAAGCAGCACUCCUUGGAAAACGUCUUGCUACUUCUGGAAUGAAGUUCGACAGCCUGGUGAUGUCUACGAUGGUGAGAGCUACUGAAACAGCAGAGAUUAUUCUAGAACAAAUGCCAGAAUUGAAGAGAACGUCUUGUUCUCUGAUCGAGGAAGGCCCACCAUAUCCACCUAUUCCUGCUGUAGAUCACUGGAAACCGCCUCAUUCUGAGUUCUUCGCCGAAGGAGCCAGAAUAGAGUCAGCGUUCCGGCGGCACAUUCACCGAGCUCCACCCUCACAAAAGGAAGAUUCUUAUGAAAUCAUUGUAUGCCACGCAAAUGUUAUCCGAUACUUCGUAUGCCGAGCACUGCAAUUUCCACCGGAAGGAUGGCUGCGAAUGUCUCUCGGAAACUGCAGUAUCACUUGGCUAGUUAUUCGACCAUCAGGACGCGUUAGUCUGCGUAGUUUAGGAGAUAUUGGACAUCUCCCUCCAUCGAAGGUGUCUUUCACAUAA